AUCAGGUUGAAAGAACGAAACUGGUAUAAUAUUUUUGAUGGGGAACAACGAUGGCUGCCAAGCUUUCGUUCUUCCUUUAUACCUGCGGAUUCAUCUGCGUCAUCUUGGAAUUGUCCUUGGCUACGAGGGAGCUCGAAUGGACGGAUAAUGUGGCCGAUCCGUCGUAUAAAUUUUCUUACGUAAUUAAAGAUGGCAGUAUGAAGAUUAUUCGUAGCGAAGAUAGCGACGAAGUGACCGAUUUGAUCGGUAAAUACAGCGGACAUGAUCCAAUCAACUAUGGUGGACGACCAGCUGAUUAUACUUCGGACGGAAGCUAUUUCCACGUAAAGUAUGAUUCCGAUAUAAAUGGUUUCGGAUCGGACAAACAACCGACGCAUUAUUACGAGCAUUACGCGUAUGGACACCAUGGGGAUUACAGUCAUGGAAGUGAUGGUGGUGGUGGAGGAGGACAUGGGGGCUAUGGUGGAUCCGGAGGAGGAGGAGGAGGUCAUGGUGGUUCUGGAGGAGGAGGACAUGGAGGCUAUGGUGGAUCUGGGGGAGGAGGUGGACACGGUGGAGGAGGUGGAGGGCACGGUGGUUCUGGAGGUGGAGGACACGGAGGCUAUGGUGGAUCUGGGGGAGGAGGUGGGCACGGUGGAGGAGGUGGAGGGCACGGUGGUUCUGGAGGUGGAGGACACGGAGGCUACGGUGGAUCUGGAGGAGGAGGUGGAGGGCAUGGUGGUUCUGGUAGUGGAGGACAUGGGGGCUAUGGUGGAUCUGGAGGAGGAGGUGGAGGACAUGGUGGUUCUGGAGGUGGAGGGCAUGGUGGUUCUGGAGGUGGAGGACAUGGAGGCUACGGUGGAUCUGGAGGAGGAGGUGGACAUGGUGGAGGGCAUGGUGGAUCGGGAGGAGGCGGUGGACAUGGUGGAGGACAUGGUGGAUCUGGAGGAGGAGGUGGACAUGGUGGAGGACAUGGAGGAGGGGGUGGAGGCGGAGGACAUGGAGGCGGUGGGCAUGGUGGCGGAGGCUAUAGUGUUACUGAAGGAGGUGGUCAUGGGGGUGGUUCCGGAGGCGGAGGACACGGAGGUGGUGGUCAUGGGGGUGGUUCUGGAGGCGGUGGACACGGAGGUGGUGGUUAUGGAGGUGGCUCUGGAGGCGGAGGACACGGAGGCGGUGGUCAUGGAGGUGGUGGUCAUGGCGGUGGUGGUCAUGGCGGUGGUGGUCAUGGCGGUGGUGGUCAUGGGGGUGGCUCUGGAGGCGGUGGACACGGAGGUGGUGGUCAUGGGGGUGGCUCUGGAGGCGGGGGACACGGAGGUUACGGUAGCGGAUAUGGUGGACACGGUGGUCACGGUGGUUCUGGAGGUCAUGGCGACAGCAGCGGUUACACGGAUGGCCAUGGAGACGGUGGUUACGGUGGUUACGGUGGCGGUGGUUUUGGCUACGGUGGUUAUGGGCAUAGUUAUCACAAGUAUGCUAUUAAGUAA